GGACUUGGGCGUCAUCCGCCGCCCCGUCCCGCCCUUGGGCGAUCGUGGCAAGUUGACGCAGGAGCUGCUCGCAUGCGUCGAGCGUGUCGGAGCGAAGAACGCGUUCAAUGUAGGUUGGUACCACCACCUCACGAAGGACAAGGCCGCCCACGCCCCGAGCAUGACUAAGGACCCUGACAUGGUGGAGGUUCUGCUGCGCCACAUCCCCACCGCCGAGGCCAACUGGACGGAGGUGCGCGACGCGUGCGUCGACGUCUUGACUGCGUAUCCCAAGGCGCGCGGGCGCCGCGCGGGCGGCGCAUGCUACCCCGACGGCGUCGACAGCCAGAUGGUCAAGAUGGCCUCUGAGGAGCGCCGCCGCAGACACAAGUCCGCGCCCGCGCUCAGCGCGGCCUCGCGCUGGGGGGCAGACCCCAGUGAGCCGCGCAACUCCGUUGCGCGCGAGGGCGGGCCCGAGGUAUCGGAGUUCGAGCAGGCAUUGAGGACGUCGCCAUCGGAGGGGCAUCGCCGCCUUGAGCGCGGGCGGAGCUUCGCGGCGCCCAGUGACAGAGCCGACACCCGCGCAGAGGCGAUUGCUGCCGCUGUGGCGCAUGGUGAACGCAUGAAGGAGGUUGAUCGCCAGAUUGCAGAGGAUGAAGCGGUCCUGAUGGCCGAGGUGCUGCCGGAUGACCGCGACUGGCAGCAUAUGGCAGCAGAUGAGGAGGCUUCAGGUGGCAAGACCGAGCCCGCGGUGGAGGCUCUCGUCGAGGUUGAGGCCAUCCCCUCGUCGGAGAGCGCUUCCGAUGUGGACGCCGUCGCCGCGGGUGAGUUCGAGGGCAUCUCCGACGGGCAGCAGAUCGUCUCCGUGGCGGGGGGCAGCUCCGACCAUGAGGCCGUCGCCCUGUCGCCGACCAGCGCCCCCCGCUUGCGCGUCAUGGCGAGGCCCAAGGGCCGUGCGGCUCCAAGGCCGUCACUGCCGAACGAAACGCCUCCUUCCAAGAGGGCAAGGAUCGGGAUGAAGACGGCCGCGGAGCACUGCAGUCCGAUCUACACGCCGACGCCGCCGUCCGACUACGACGCCUCGAUGGUGCACCCGCUGAAGGUUGCGUCUCCGCCGCCCGAGUCGAAAGAGGAGGUGGUGAUGCCCCCCGUGGACGUCGUGCGCGACACCUCGCUCCGCGCAUCGUGGUCGUCAGGUUCCGUCGGCUCGGACGCGACGACGCUUCGCCUGGCGAGCUACGGCAGCAUGGAGGACAGCCCACCACAGGACGACCCGCCCCUGAGCGACGACCUGCUGCUGCAGCUCGCGGCCUGGAUGAUGGACGGCGGUGCUGGGGAGCUCUCCAAGUGGCUGAAGGGCUGGCCCGACGAGCACAAGGUCGACCUAGGAGCUACAGCCGAGUCCGAGGAUGACGCGUCCAUCUUGGCGUCGGCCAUGAAGGCCGAGGCCGUGCCAGCCAAGAAGAGGAAGCUGAAGGCGGAGGUGAAGGAGAAGCGGGCCCACGGCACGGACGCGAACAAGGGCGCGAGCAAGGGCAAGAGCACGACCCAGAGCAAGGCCGUGGGCGGCAAGGUCAAGAACACCAUCGCCGACCUCAAGGGCCUGCCGCGCUCUGGGAGCCACGCUGCGUUCGGCAAGCUCAGCGCGUGCUACGGCACGAAGGCCUCGUACAUCACGCACAUGGACGAGGGGGGCAGGCCGCGGCUUCUGAUCCAGGUCGGCGCCUCGAUGUGCGACAAGCACGCCGAGAUGGUGGCCAAACUUCUGCAGCGCGCAAGUCGGUGGUCCUGCGAGAAGCUCGCGUCUGCGGCCGCGGCCUGCGACUCCAUCGAGGACAAGCAGGAGCUCUUCAAGGCCCACGCCGACGUGAGCGACCCCGCGCACCUCAAGUGCAUCUUUACGGAGAAGGAGAUCAGGGCGCUGUAUGGACGGUUCGAGACGGCCAGGAAGAAGAAGCCCAAGGCCGCGGCGGCCUACGAGGAGGCGUCGACGGCGUCGACGGGCAAGCAGCUCUCCAAGCAGAAGCUGCUCAUGGGCUUCCUCGUGGACCCGCAGCUGGGCGACGCGUUCAUGGAGAUCACGCAGAAGCUGAGCUUUUCAGAGACGAUCACCAGGACAGCGAGGUGGUGCACGAGGAAGCAGGCCCUGGAGGUGUACUCGGACUCGGAGCUGGACGAGAUGGUGGCCAACGACAAGAUCGAGACUCGCCCGAAUCCAGACAACCCGCGGCGUCAGCAGUUCAAGCUGAUCCAGGACGCUGGCGAGAAAAGGUUCACUCGCAGCAAGGGGCAGGGCGGCACUGGCAGGAAGAGCAUUUCGAGGGACUCGUUCGACCAGCUUGGCGCUGGCAUGGCUGGCAUGGAGAUGUGCACGGAUCUCGUCAGCCACGGCAACAUGUCGCACAUGGGCCUCGACCUGCCUGCCGUGGCCGACAAGGGCGAUGGCGAGCCAGAGGCAGGCCGCGGGCGCGGCAACAAGAAGAAGGCGCUGCAGGAGAUGAAGCGUGACAUCAAGAAGCUCAAGCUGUGCUGCGAGACGGUCGCCGACAUCAAAGCGGACAGCGCGACGUUCCAGGCGAAGGCCAUCGAGUUCUUGCAGAAGAUCGACGAGGCGACGAAGGACGGCGGCAGCGCGCUGAUCAACAUCGGCAGGCUCGCCCAGAAGAGCGACGACUGCAGCAGCAAGGACGUGGAUCAGGCCAAGAAGGCCAAGAAGGUCAUCAGCCAGGCGAAGGCCGCGUUCGUGGCCGCCUCGGGCAUCAGCUUGCUGUCGGACGGCCUACGUCAUCCAGAAAUCAGCAAGCUGGCGGGGCUGGGUCAAUGGGGCAACUACCCUGGCAACAUCCACUCGCAGCUCAACACCAUGCUUGGCAAAAGCAAGCUACCCUUUCCCUUGGACAUCGAGGUCCCGUGCUUGGACCCGAAAACCAACACAGUGACGGACGCGACGUGCUCGGUCCUAUUACCGCACGAAUGGUUUUCAGCAUUGUUUCACAACUACCCCUCGGAGUUCCACGACAUCUUCGGGACCUCCGGCGUGGGUGAGUUCUGGGACCAUGCCAGCAGGAACGAACCACGACUACGUGGCCACCCUGUGUGGGACGUCCGCGGCCACGCCUCCACGUGCAUCCCAUUGCGGGUGCACGGUGACGGGGCCGAGUUCCUCACCCGAGACUCGCUGGUAUCAAUCAGCAUGACGAGCCUGCUGGCCAAGGGUAGCACAAAGAGCCUGGGGUCGGACUGGAACGGCAUGCGUUUAGAUCCAGAGAGGGCCAAGCUAGCAAACAAGUGGUUGACCGACUCCGACACGAAAUACCGAGGGUUUCUAUGCGCCAUCCUGGGCGACCUCGAGUUUUACUCGAACUACCUGCAGAUGCCAGGGUCUAAUAGCAACGAAUUCUGUUGGCUGUGCCCGUGCAACAAAUCAGACAACCCGUUCAACGAGUUCAAUGCUGAUUCACCCAAUCAUUGGAAGCACCACUCGCGACACUAUGCAGUGGACCACCCGAUAUACAAUAUAUGGGGGGUCUCCCUGCAUUCUCUAUCGCUUGAUGUGAUGCACACCAUGGACCUGGGAAUCACGGGCCACAGCGUCGCCAACUUGUUUUACGAGAUUGCUUGCGAAGAGGAGCGCGGGGUUAGGACAGUUAUAGUGGAGCGGCUCUGGGCACGUAUCCAGGGACUCUAUGACGAACUCGGUUUAGAUCACCGCAUCACCCAUUUCAAGUUCGGCACGUUCGUUGCUGACGAAGGCUCCCCCCACUCCGACUUCCCAGUAUUGUCGAAGUCUGUAAAGGCAGCACAAGCACGUUCUCUCGCUAGGGUGGCCCUGGCGCUGGCCAGGGAGUACAACGAUGGCACCGCGGAGAAGAAAACGAGGGUACUACAGCUCAAGAGCUUGUGCCAGAUGUAUACCACCAUCGAGCAGGGCGGGCUCUUUCUAUCGCCCGCCGAGUGCGCGCAACUCAAGACAUCGGCGGAUAACUACCUCGCGUGCUACCAAUACUUGUCUGACAGGGCGUUUAAAGGUGUUCCCCCGAAGUACAAGUAUUCUGUGGCAGGGAGCGGCAGGGCCAGAUGCCAGCGAGCCGUGGCCGCCGACGUGCGGGUGGCCGAUGCCCACAGGGCUCCCGGGGCCGCACUCGAGGCCUCGUGGGCUCCGCUGGCCGCGCCGUGGAUGGGAGUCCUCGGAGGCCGCAAGCGCGUCACGGUCCAGUGGGGCAAGGUCCGGAACUCGGUCAUGGCGAUGCGCGAGGACGGCGGCAGCGCGCUGAUCAUCAUCGUCAGGCUCGCCCAGAAGAGCGACGACUGCAGCGGCAAGGACGUGGAUCAGGCCAAGAAGGCCAAGAAGGUCAUCAGCCAGGCGAAGGCCGCGUUCGUGGCCGCCUCGGGCAUCAGCUUGCUGUCGGACGGCCUACGUCAUCCAGAAAUCAGCAAGCUGGCGGGGCUGGGUCAAUGGGGCAACUACCCUGGCAACAUCCACUCGCAGCUCAACACCAUGCUUGGCAAAAGCAAGCUACCCUUUCCCUUGGACAUCGAGGUCCCGUGCUUGGACCCGAAAACCAACACAGUGACGGACGCGACGUGCUCGGUCCUAUUACCGCACGAAUGGUUUUCAGCAUUGUUUCACAACUACCCCUCGGAGUUCCACGACAUCUUCGGGACCCCCGGCGUGGGUGAGUUCUGGGACCAUGCCAGCAGGAACGAACCACGACUACGUGGCCACCCUGUGUGGGACGUCUGCGGCCACGCCUCCACGUGCAUCCCAUUGCGGGUGCACGGUGACGGGGCCGAGUUCCUCACCCGAGACUCGCUGGUAUCAAUCAGCAUGACGAGCCUGCUGGCCAAGGGUAGCACAAAGAGCCUGGGGUCGGACUGGAACGGCAUGCGUUUAGAUCCAGAGAGGGCCAAGCUAGCAAACAAGUGGUUGACCGACUCCGACACGAAAUACCGAGGGCUUCUAUGCGCCAUCCUGGGCGACCUCGAGUUUUACUCGAACUACCUGCAGACGCCAGGGUCUAAUAGCAACGAAUUCUGUUGGCUGUGCCCGUGCAACAAAUCAGACAACCCGUUCAACGAGUUCAAUGCUGAUUCACCCAAUCAUUGGAAGCACCACUCGCGACACUAUGCAGUGGACCACCCGAUAUACAAUAUAUGGGGGGUCUCCCUGCAUUCUCUAUCGCUUGAUGUGAUGCGCACCAUGGACCUGGGAAUCACGGGCCACAGCGUCGCCAACUUGUUUUACGAGAUUGUUUGCGAAGAGGAGCACGGGGUUAGGACAGCUAUAGUGGAGCGGCUCUGGGCACGUACCCAGGGACUCUAUGACGAACUCGGUUUAGAUCACCGCAUCACCCAUUUCAAGUUCGGCACGUUCGUUGCUGACGAAGGCUCCCCCCGCUCCGACUUCCCAGUAUUGUCGAAGUCUGUAGAGGCAGCACAAGCACGUUCUCUCGCUAGGGUGGCCCUGGCGCUGGCCAGGGAGUACAACGAUGGCACCACGGAGAAGAAAACGAGGGUACUACAGCUCAAGAGCUUGUGCCAGAUGUAUACCACCAUCGAGCAGGGCGGGCUCUUUCUAUCGCCCGCCGAGUGCGCGCAACUCAAGACAUCGGCGGAUAACUACCUCGCGUGCUACCAAUACUUGUCUGACAGGGCGUUUAAAGGUGUUCCCCCGAAGUACAAGUAUUCUGUGGUGAACAAGCACCACUUCCUAUGCGCCCACGCGCGCCCAUAUCGGGUGGCGGACCUCGAGUUCACGCGGUGCUGUCGCGACUAG